CGGGCUGACGCCCCGGCGUCCUUGCAGAUGCCGGAGGAGACCCAGACCCGCGACCAGCCCAUGGAGGAGGAGGAGGUGGAGACGUUCGCCUUCCAGGCGGAAAUCGCCCAGUUGAUGUCCCUGAUCAUCAACACUUUCUACUCGAACAAAGAGAUCUUUCUGCGGGAGCUGAUCUCGAACUCGUCAGAUGCGCUGGACAAGAUCCGAUACGAGAGCUUGACCGACCCAAGUAAGCUCGACUCCGGGAAGGAGCUGCACAUCAACCUCAUUCCCAACAAGCAAGACCGCAGCCUGACGAUCGUGGACACCGGCAUCGGGAUGACCAAGGCCGACCUGAUCAACAAUCUGGGCACCAUCGCCAAGUCGGGCACCAAAGCCUUCAUGGAGGCGCUGCAGGCGGGCGCGGACAUCUCCAUGAUUGGCCAGUUUGGCGUGGGCUUCUACUCGGCUUACUUGGUUGCGGAGAAGGUGACGGUCAUCACCAAGCACAACGACGACGAGCAGUACGCCUGGGAGUCCUCUGCGGGCGGCUCCUUCACCGUCAGGACCGACACAGGGGAGCCGAUGGGUCGUGGGACGAAGGUCAUCCUGCACCUGAAAGAGGACCAGACCGAGUACCUGGAGGAGAGGAGGAUCAAGGAGAUCGUGAAGAAACACUCGCAGUUCAUCGGCUACCCCAUCACUCUGUUCGUGGAGAAGGAACGUGACAAGGAAGUCAGCGACGACGAGGCGGAAGAGAAGGAAGACAAAGAAGAAGAAAAGGAGAAAGAAGAAAAGGAGUCGGACGACAAGCCCGAAAUAGAAGACGUGGGCUCGGACGAGGAGGAGGAGGAGAAGAAGGACGGCGACAAGAAGAAGAAGAAGAAGAUCAAGGAGAAGUACAUCGACCAGGAAGAGCUGAACAAGACAAAGCCCAUCUGGACCAGGAACCCCGACGACAUCACCACCGAGGAGUACGGGGAGUUCUACAAGAGCCUGACCAACGACUGGGAGGACCACCUGGCCGUGAAGCACUUCUCCGUGGAGGGCCAGCUGGAGUUCCGGGCCCUCCUCUUCGUCCCGAGACGCGCCCCCUUCGACCUCUUCGAGAACAGGAAGAAGAAGAACAACAUAAAGCUGUACGUGCGCCGGGUCUUCAUCAUGGACAAUUGCGAGGAGCUGAUCCCUGAGUACCUGAACUUCAUCAGAGGUGUGGUGGACUCGGAGGACCUCCCCCUGAAUAUUUCCCGGGAGAUGCUGCAGCAGAGCAAAAUUCUGAAAGUUAUCAGAAAGAAUUUGGUCAAAAAAUGCCUGGAACUCUUCACCGAGCUGGCGGAGGACAAGGAGAACUACAAGAAGUUCUACGAGCAGUUCUCCAAAAAUAUCAAGCUGGGAAUACACGAAGACUCUCAGAACCGGAAGAAACUGUCCGAGCUGCUGAGGUACUACACGUCCGCUUCUGGCGACGAGAUGGUUUCGCUCAAGGACUACUGCACGAGAAUGAAGGAGAACCAGAAACACAUCUACUACAUCACAGGCGAGACCAAGGACCAGGUGGCCAACUCUGCCUUCGUGGAGCGCCUGCGGAAGCACGGCCUGGAGGUGAUCUACAUGAUUGAGCCCAUUGACGAGUACUGCGUCCAGCAGCUGAAGGAGUUCGAGGGCAAGACCCUGGUGUCCGUCACCAAAGAGGGCCUGGAACUUCCGGAAGAUGAAGAGGAGAAGAAGAAGCAGGAAGAGAAGAAAACAAAAUUUGAAAACCUCUGCAAAAUCAUGAAGGACAUCCUGGAGAAAAAAGUGGAAAAGGUGGUCGUGUCCAACCGCUUGGUGACGUCCCCGUGCUGCAUCGUCACGAGCACCUACGGCUGGACGGCCAACAUGGAGCGGAUCAUGAAGGCGCAGGCCCUGCGCGACAACUCGACCAUGGGCUACAUGGCGGCCAAGAAGCACCUGGAGGUCAACCCCGACCACCCCAUCGUCGAGACCCUGCGGCAGAAGGCGGAGGCCGACAAGAACGACAAGUCGGUGCGGGACCUGGUCAUCCUGCUCUACGAGACCGCGCUCCUGUCCUCCGGCUUCAGCCUGGAGGACCCCCAGACGCACGCCAACCGCAUCUACAGGAUGAUCAAGCUGGGCGCAGGCAUCGACGAGGACGACCCCACGGCCGACGACAGCAGCGCCACCGCGACCGAGGAGAUGCCGCCCCUGGAGGGGGACGACGACACGUCGCGCAUGGAGGAGGUCGACUAGGCCGGCAGAGCCACGGCCGCUGAGCUGUCCUCGCCCCCCGCCCGUUCUCAAGGACUUUUUCUUUAUUUUUGUUCGUUUGUGGCAUGACAGUACCCGCUUACGGGCGGCUGCCUUCUCCCUCCGAGUGUGACGCUGUGGUGCUUCAGGCGCUAGAGCAGAGCUAGUUGUUCCCUAGUUGACGUUGACGCUGCCGAGGGCCCUGGCGACGAGACCUGUCCCUGCGCGCGUGUCCCCGAGGUCCGCUCCGAACCUCCCUCCCUCCCUCGUCGCCCAGCCGCAUGGACAGGCCCCGGGGAGCGUGUCGGGCUGACCAGCGCGGCCGCCCAUGGCCUCCUUCCUAGCCGAGUCCCCUUAGAGUAGCGAAGUCGGGCGCCUGCCUAGGCAUGUUGUGAAGUACCUCGGGGCGAGUUCGUGAACAGGAUUGUAACGCUCAAGUCAUGUUCUGCUUUCAAAUACAGUGAAUUCAAUAUGUG